AUGGAAGAGGGAAAUCACUCGGAGGUGACUGAGUUCAUUCUCACAGGACUGACAGAUCGUCCGGAGCUGCAGCUCCCCCUGUUUUUGGUGUUCCUCCUGGUUUAUGUUAUCACUCUGGUGGGCAACGGGGGGAUGAUCUUCUUAAUCACGAUUGACCCCCGACUCCACACCCCCAUGUAUUUUUUCCUCCGGAGUUUGUCUUUCUGUGAUCUCUGCUAUUCCUCGGUCAGCUGUCCUAAGAUGCUGCAGAAUUUCUUAUCGGAGAGGAAAAGCAUUUCUCGCCCUGCCUGCGCUAUGCAAUUGUUUUUCACCAACCUUCUUGCAGAUGUUGAGUGUCUCUUGCUGGCUGUGAUGGCCUAUGACCGUUAUGUGGCCAUCUGUAACCCACUGCUCUAUACCGUCACCAUGUCCAGGCGGCUUUGUGACCUGUUGGUGGCCGGGGUGUGUGUUGUGGGGUUGGUGGAUUCCGUGAUACUGACGUGUUGUAUAUUCCGGCUGUCAUUCUGCCGUACCAACGUCAUCAAGCAUUUCUACUGUGACUUCCCCCCACUGCUGGCCCUCUCCUGCUCUGACACCCGCACCUGUGAGAUUACGUUAUUUGCUUCCAUGUGCUACACUAUAGUGCUUAGCGCUGUGACCAUCCUCCUCUCCUAUGUCUUUAUCUUCUCCACCAUCCUGCGGAUCCGCUCUGCCGAGGGCCGGUGCAAAGCCUUCUCCACCUGCGCUUCCCACUUGUGCGCGGUGGCCAUAUUUCAUGGCACCCAGAUCUUUAUGUAUUUACGUCCCAACUCCAGCUAUUCCGUGGAUACGGACAAAAUAGGCUCAUUGUUUUACACGCUGGUGAUCGCCAUGUUGAACCCCCUCAUCUACAGCCUGAGGAACAGGGAGGUGAAAGACGCACUGAGGAAAGUAAUAAAUAAAUUCCUGACCAACUCCUGA